AUCAAUAAAUUUAAUAGUACCUCCUUAUAUAUUGACUCUAAAUAAUGCACAUUAAACGAAAUAAUGGAGUUCAUUGGGAAUAAAGGUUCACGCAACCUCUCAACGAGAUCAAUUGGCCAUCAGCCUUCUGAGUCUGCCAACCUCAAAAAUGUGUCUCAAAAGAAGCAGGCGUACGUUGAAAUUGACAGCUUAGUCUUGAUAAAGGCACUAAAACACUGUAAAGAUAACUAUCCCGUCCCAGUAAAUGGCCAAUUGCUUGGUUUGGAUGUUGGAGAUAAAUUAGAGGUCACAAACUGCUUUCCGUACCCCCAAAAGCGCGAUAUUUACAAUGCUUUAAGUAGGGAUAAGUCAACUAACAACUUGGCUGAGAAUGAGAUUGAGGAAAAGGCUGACGAAGAAUUCGUUAAAUAUCAGGAGAAGAUGACGGACCUGGUCCACGAUAUCCGCGUGGAUUGUUUUGCAAUAGGAUGGUAUCAGACCAUAAAUUUUGGCGAUUUGCAGUCGAAGGAAGCAAUUGACAAUUUGGUAAUUUAUCAGGAGGUUGUUGACAAGGCCAUCAUGUUAGGCUUUGAUCCAGUGACAAACACUGGAGAAGUAUCAUUUAAAGCAUACAGAGCUUCAGAUCAGCUCUUAUCUAUAUAUCAUAGUGCAGAAGGUGAUGUACAGAAGUUUAAUGCAUUGAAGGGAACUGAAAUAUUGGAAGAAGUUCCAAUCGUAAUAAAAAACUCCAUCUUGUCUGAAGUGUUUUUAUCACAGUACUUUUUGGACUGUCCCGUGCAAAACACGUAUAUUUUUGAUGUCCUUGACGCAGAUCAUAAUAACUAUCUCGAAAAGAACUUGGAAUUUUUGUCUCAGUCACUAGAGGCACUAUGUGAUAACCAGGAAAAAUUUAUCAGAUACCAGAGGGAUUACACAAAACUGGUUCAACAGCAGAAGCAACUUUUGGAAAGGAGAAGGCUAGAGAACGAGCAGUGCAAGCUUAAGGGUGAACCACUGUUACCCAUGCCUGAAUUAGAUACUAAUUUACUCAAGAAAAUCGAUGCUCCAUCGCAAUUGUCCACAAUAAUCAUGAGUAACGAGUGUACUACUCACACCAAGGAUGUUAAUUCUCUUUGUUUCGAUAAUAUUGCCAAGAUGUACCUGAUUUAUCACAGAUUAAACUCCAAACAGGCACAAAAAUAAAAUUUGGAUUAUCGAGUAAUUUUUCUCGGCUCAGAGUCACGGAUUUUCUUUAAGAUGAAAUAUGUCU